UGAGGAUCGUGCUGCUGGGCUCAGAGGCAGCUGUUAAAGCCUCCUGUGGGAACAUCAUAUUUGGUCGACAGGUGUUUUCAGAGUCGCCGCCUUCACCGCAUUUAUUCGAGAGGCAUGGUGGGAUGGUUUUAAAAAGACGUUUGGUGAUCAUCAACACUCCUGAUCUGUUUAGUCCUGCUGUCUCUCCUGAAGAACAGGACCUGAAGAGGUUUUUCCAUCUGUCCUGUCCUGAACCCCAUGCCCUCUUACUGGUCCUAAAAUCUGGCACAUUUACAAAGCAGGACAGAGAUACUCUUCAACUCAUUACCACUGUUUUUGGCACAGGAGCAUUUGAGUAUGUGAUCGUGGUCUUCAUGCUCGAGGAGCAGAUGGAGUAUUUGGGCAUUACAGACACUGACAGCAGAUCAGAGAAGCCUCUACUGCAGAUCUCCAAAUGUCCACACCAUAAUCUCCAGAGGAAUGGAGACCAGUCACAGGUGCAGAACCUUCUGGAGAUCAUUGAGGAGAUGGUGGAGGAAAACAAAGGCCAUGAGCUGAAGAUAGAGCCAAAACCUGGCCUGACCAAAACAGAGAUCAUCUGCCAAACAAUGCUCAAACAACAUAAGAGUAAACCUUUACAUUUUCAUUACUGCUUGCACUGGCCUGACUUUUUGCUUCUGCAAGCUUUGCUUUAUCAGCUGUCUCAGGAGUCCUAUGAGCCAACCAAGCCUGCCUUUGUCGGCACUGAGAAGAGCUUGGAGUGUGUGAGGAUCGUUCUGGUUGGUAAAACUGGAGUGGGAAAGAGUGCAACUGGGAACACCAUCCUGGGACGCAGAGCAUUUGAGUCUCGGGCCAGAAUGAUUUCUACUACCAAGAUGUGUCAGAGAGAAAGUGGAAUUGCCUGUGGUCGACCCGUGACUGUAGUGGACACACCAGGACUCUUCGACACCAGCCUCAGUAAUGAAGUGAUCCAGCAGGAGAUCAUGAGGUGCAUUGAGCUUUCGGCUCCUGGACCACAUGUGUUUUUGCUGCUCAUCUCUAUCGGCCCGUUCACACAAGAGGAGAGAGAAACCCUUAAGCUCAUCAAGAUGACCUUCGGACAGAAAGCAGAGAGCUACACCAUGGUGCUCUUCACCAAAGGAGACAAUCUGGAUGACAGUAUUGAAGACUACAUUAAAGAUGGAGAUUCACAUGUCCUACAGCUGAUCCAUGACUGUGGAGGAAGAUUUCAUGUGUUCAACAAUAAAGAGAAGGACCCUGGUCAGGUCGUAGGUCUGCUAAAGAAGAUCGAUAAGAUGAUGUGGGAUAAGAAAUCUAGUUUCUACAAUUAUAAAAUGUUUCAGGAGGCAGAGAGAGCACUGAGACUCAUGCAGAUCAACAGAGAGAAAGAGGAGGAGGUCAGACAGAAAAUGGAGGCCCUUAAAGCCAAAUAUGAGUCUGAAAUCAAACGAUACAAAGAGAAGCUGGAGGAGGAAAAGGGAAAGCUUAAGAUCAGAGAUCUUCUGGACAGGGAAACAGAAUAUGCACUGUUGAGAAAACUUAAAAUGAGGCAAACUGGAGAAACCGCAGCAACCUCAGGCACUGGACAAACACAAGAUCAAUGUGAACCUACAACACAUGCUGAGAGAAAGAAUGAUGAUCAGAUAGAAAAGCAGGAAAAACAGCAUUCAGGAACAACAGUUGUUGACAGAGAGAUGCAAGAAGCUGGAAGAGAAUCUGCUAAAGAGCUCAAAAAACACAAGAGAUGGAAUGGUCUUCAGUCAUUUAAAAGAGGCAAAAGGAAAAAGCUUGAAAAACUGUUAGAAGAAUGUACAAUAACAGAAGUUAUAAGUGGUGAAGAGAAUGUAGAAAAGAUCAAACAUACAGUGAAUCAUCAGCAGACCAGCGAGGAUUCACCUAAAAUCUCUAAAGAGGAGAAAAACGCAGAGCAAGAACGUCUGUCUCAGCAUUUUAAGCAGAUGAAAGAUUGCAGGCAGAAUUUGGACGAGGCCAUGAGAAAGUACAAGGAGACCGCUGACAUGUAUGCUGCAGAAGUCAAGAGAAUUGAAGUCAGAAAUGCUGCCAACAUUGACAACUUUGAGAAGAAUCAUGGAAAACGCUGCGUGCUUCAAUAA